AUGGGGGGAGAUCCAGGAACAGCAACUCCACGUACUUUUUACACUCACAAAAACACAAUGGCUCCAACAGUCACCUUUUUCCACUACAAUGAGUCGCCCGUGGCCAACCGAACCCGGAUUUUCCUCAACUUCAAGAAGAUUCCCUAUGUUUCCCUUCUUCAACGACUAGUGCUACCUCGACCCGACCUUCAGAAGCUGGGUAUCAACUACCGACGAAUUCCUCUGUGUGCCAUUGGAUCCGAUGUGGUUGUCGAGGCCUCUCUCAUCAUGAGCGAGCUGGAGACCCACUUCUUCCCUGCUCCCGAGUACUUCAACGCCAAUCUGGUCACCGAGGGAGUGUUCAAGACCACCAACGACCAGGUGGCCAUGACUCGAUUCGGACUGGCCGUGACCAACCUAUUCCCUCCCGAGUUUUCAGCCGCCGCCAUGCCCGAGUUUGCCAAGGAUCGAGAAGACUUUCUGUCAGCCAAGAUCGGAGGAAACGUGGACGAGACGAUCAAGAACCAGGCCAAGAUUGAGAUGCAGCAACUGGCCGACACCAUUGAGAACUUUCAUCUCCGAGACGGCCGAGACUAUCUUCUGGGUAGUGAAUUUUCGGCUGCCGACGCCGAGUACGCCUGGAUCCCUCUCUUCCUCAUCUUCAUUGGAGGCCUUGAGCAGGCCGGAGUGACUGCCGAGGCAUUCCCAAAGUUCUUUGCUUGGAUCGAUCGAGUCCAGGACAAGGUUGAGGACCUCAAGGACUCCAACCCCAACAUCACCGAGGAGCCCCACAACGAGGCCGUGGCCAGAAUCAUCAAGGGAGGUAACGCUGGCGACUUCCCUCUGUCCAAGCUGCUGAAGCACGACGAGAACAACAUUCUUGGAAUCAAGCAGGGUGAGGUUGUGAGCGUGGUUCCUCUUGACACCGGUAAGAACCACCCCACCAAGGGCUCUGUUGUCGGGAUUGACCGAUACAAGAUUGUCAUCGAGGUGCCUUCUCCUGGCAGUGAAAAGGACGGUAUCGAGAGUGGAAAGGUCAGAGUACACUUCCCUCUCAAGGGAUACAAGGUCCAGAAGGAAAGCAAGCUUUAG